UUGGGUGGGCUCCUGGGCAGCCUGAUGUAGUAGCUGGCAACCGUGCCCAUGGCAGGGGGAUUGAAACUGGAUGGGCGUUAAGAUCUCCUCCAACCCAAGCCAUUGUAUGAUUCAAUAAUCCUUCACUAAAGCUCCAAAUGUUCCGGACCAGCAGACACAUUGCUGCAGGGGGGCUUCCCCCCUAUAACACCGCUGUCGCUCCCUGACACGAUGCGAACACUGGGAAAGCGGCACAGAUCCCACAGUCAUCUAGUAAUACUUCUCUUUAAAAGCACAAGGUUGCGUUCUAGAGGAAUUUUGCUUGCUCUACAGAUCAGAGAGUGGUAAGAUAAGAUAUCUUCUUUCACACAGACACACAAGAUAUCCAAGCACUAAUAAAACGAAGCAGUCACCCAGCAGGGAGGGAGGAGACUUCCCUUCAUUCACCUGCGGUGACUGCCCCGCCACUGUCCCACCCGGCAGGAACGUGGCACUGUCAGCCUAUCCGUCGCGCGGCACCGAUCAUUUCACCGCUCCCUCGAGGAGGACAGCGGGCGCCCCGUGGCGAGGCAGCGCUGGUCCGGGCGGGCAGCGCGUCGCUCCCAAGCGCGGUCCGGGCAUGCGGCUCUGCGUGAGGAAUCCCCCUGCGGCGCGGCGGCGCUGCGCGGCGCUGCUCGGCUCCCUGCUGCUGGCCGCCGCCGUGGCGCUGCGCGGCACUGCCCGGACCUGCCGCGACGCCCACCCGCGCUGCCGGGACCGCCUCUACGGGGCGCUGCGGCUCGAGCCCCGCUGGAGGAUCAACUGCUCGGGGGUGGUCCACGGGGACGAGAAGUCGGUGCAGGACGCCCUGCUGAGCAACCUGGAGGUGAAGAACAAGAGGGACCCUCUUACCCCCGAGGACUACCUGAACAUGACGAAGGACUGCAGCAGCUUCAAGGAGAGCCGGCGCUACAUUGAGUUCCCGCUGAGCGAGGAGGAGGCCGACUUCCCCAUCGCCUACUCCAUGGUCAUCCACCACAAGAUCGAGAUGUUCGAGCGGCUCCUGCGCUCUCUCUACGCCCCGCAGAACGUCUACUGCGUCCACGUGGACAGCAAAGCCCCCGCCGCCUUCCAGCAGGCCGUGCGGGCCAUCGCCGCCUGCUUCCCCAACGUCUUCGUGGCCAGCCGCCUGGAGAGCGUGGUGUACGCCUCCUGGUCCCGGCUGCAGGCCGACCUCAACUGCAUGCAGGACCUGCUGCAGAGCCCCGUGCCCUGGCGCUACGUCCUCAACACCUGCGGCACCGACUUCCCCAUCAAGACCAACGCGGAGAUGGUCCGUGCGCUGCAGGUGCUGCAGGGGCAGAACAGCAUGGAGUCGGAGAAGCCGACGGCUUACAAGCAGGAGCGCUGGAAGUACCACCACCAAGUGGAGCACGUCAUCCUCCGCACGGCCACAGCAAAGCCGCCGCCGCCGCUCCCCUCGCCCAUGUUCACGGGCAGCGCCUACAUCGCAGCGACGCGGGCCUUCGUGCAGCACGUGCUGGAGGACCCCGCGGCGCAGCAGUUCCUCGAGUGGGCCAAGGACACCUACAGCCCCGACGAGCACGUGUGGGCCACGCUGAACCGCGCGCCCGGCGUGCCCGGCGCCGUGCCCCACAACGACAAGUUCCAGCUGUCCGACAUGAACGCGCUGCCCCGCCUGGUCAAGUGGCAGUACUUGGACGGCGACACCAGCCGGGGAGCGCCCUACCCGCCCUGCACCGGCCGCUUCCAGCGCAGCGUCUGCAUCUACGGGUCCGGGGAUGUGGCCUGGAUGCUGCGGCAGCACCACCUCUUGGCCAACAAGUUCGACACCGAAGUAGACGACGCCGCCAUCCAGUGUCUCGAGAAGCACCUGCGCCGUAAGGCCCUCCUCGGCCGAGGACUCUGAGGGGACAGCGGGCACGGCCUCGCGCGUCUCCCGCCCGGCGGCGGGAAGUGCCGGACCCCGUGAGGCGGCGCGCGGGGCCGAACUGGCGCGCGGGGC